CUAUUAAGCAGUGUGUGAGUCAAAUGUCUUGGUUGAUAUAUAAAUACAUGUGUGUGCUGAGCUGCGGUGACGCGACGCGCUCACGCGCCGCGGGACGUUCCGCUCUCGCGCGCGCGCGCGCGCACCCACCGUCGCCGGCCCACGCGCUGCGACCGCGGUCCCCUUGGUGACGUCCGUGUCCGCUCUGCUACCCGGCGGCCCGCUGCCGUAUAUAUAUUCAUGCCGGGCAAGAUGGCGGCGACACGGACGAGGUGUUAUUGCCAGUGGACGUGAAAAAAAGAAAAAAAGAAAAAAAAGGAAAAGAUUUUUUUAUUCAAAAUACAAAACCGAAGCCGGAGACGUUUCCCCGCUCGGCCGCGCGGCGCGGGUGUUCUCCACGCAGCGGGCGUCGACGUCCUCUUCUCGGCUCACGCGUUUCAACGGGUUUUUUUUUUUUUUUUGUCUCGCGAAGAUGUUCACGCUGUAGCUCGCCCGCUAAACCGACCAGCUGGCUAACGGAGAGCAGCCACUAGCUAGCUAGCUACCCGUCACCGCCGAGCCGCCGCGGAGUGUAGAAUGGGAGAAAAGCUGGAGCUCAAGCUCAAGUCGCCGGUUGGAGCAGAGCCCGCAGUCUACCCGUGGCCGCUGCCCGUAUACGAUAAACAUCAUGAUGCUGCUCAUGAAAUCAUCGAGACCAUACGGUGGGUGUGUGAGGAGAUCCCAGACCUCAAACUGGCAAUGGAAAACUAUGUUCUCAUUGACUAUGACACAAAAAGCUUCGAGAGUAUGCAGAGACUUUGUGAUAAGUACAACAGGGCCAUUGACAGCAUUCAUCAGCUAUGGAAGGGGACCACUCAGCCCAUGAAGCUGAACAAGCGUCCAUCCAAUGGACUGCUGAGACACAUCCUCCAGCAGGUGUACAACCACUCAGUGACUGACCCAGAGAAGCUGAACAACUAUGAGCCCUUCUCCCCUGAGGUGUAUGGAGAGACCUCCUUCGACCUGGUGGCUCAGAUCAUUGACGAGAUGGAAAUGAUGGAAGAUGACACCUUUGUCGACCUCGGCAGUGGAGUGGGCCAGGUGGUACUGCAGGUUGCAGCAGCAACAAACUGUAAACACUACUAUGGUGUCGAAAAGGCAGACACUCCAGCCACCUAUGCAGAGAGCAUGGACAAAGAAUUUAAGAAGUGGAUGAAAUGGUAUGGGAAGAAGCAUGGGGAAUACACAUUGGAGAGAGGGGAUUUUCUCUCUGAAGAAUGGAAAGAAAGGAUCGCCAACACAAGUAUUAUUUUUGUGAAUAACUUUGCCUUUGGUCCAGAGGUAGAUCACCAGCUGAAGGAGCGCUUUGCUAACAUGAAGGAAGGUGGGAAAAUUGUAUCCUCCAAACCUUUUGCACCUUUAAAUUUUAGAAUAAACAGUCGAAACUUGAGUGAUAUUGGCACAAUAAUGCGUGUUGUGGAGCUUUCUCCACUGAGGGGCUCUGUUUCCUGGACUGGAAAACCAGUUUCCUACUACCUGCAUACCAUAGACCGCACCAUACUUGAAAACUAUUUUGCUAGUCUCAAAAAUCCUAAACUCAGGGAGGAGCAAGAGGCAACUAGGAGACGUCAGCAGAAGGAUACGAAGGAUAGUAAAAGCAAUAGUACCACGCCCACAAAAAUGAAAGAACAAAACAAGCAGGACUCCUGUGGUGAGGAAGAGCGUCCCAGCCUGGUGACAGUGGUCAAGCCCACUGCAAAACCCAGAAGAACCAGGCUCUUGUCCAAAGGUCGAAAGUUGAACAACAAGAAGCGCGGUCGACCCAAGAAAAAUGCACCGGCUGCUGAGAAGAAAAACAAGAAGAAUCAGAGCGCGCUGGAUUUGCUGCACGCCAAGACCCUUUCUGCGGCACCCCCUCAGGAUGCAUACCGGCCACCUCAGAGUCCCUUCUACCAGCUACCUCCCAAGGUCCAACACUAUCCCUCUAAUCAACUGCUGCUGAGCCCGACACCGCCCGGUCUACAACAACUGCUCGAUAACAUCAAAGUUCAAUACCUUCAGUUCAUGGCCCAUAUGAAGACUCCUCAGUACCGGUCCAACCUGCAGCAGCUUUUAGAACAGGAGAAGCAAAAACACAGGGACCUGUCGGGGCAGGCGGAGCAGCUCCACUCUGUCUGUCAGUCUCACAAGGACAAGAUCAAAGGUCUCUUUCAGACCAAACUAGAUGAGCUGGGAGUGAAAGCUCUGACUGUGGAAGACCUGCUGCAGGCCCAGAAGGAGAUCUCGGCUCACAACCGUCAGCUGAAAGAGCAGACUAAACAGCUUGAGAGAGACAUGGUCUUGCUUCGAGACCACAGCCUGCUACUGCUGAAGUCUCGAUGUGAGGAGCUGAAGCUCGAUUGGGGCUCUUUGUGUUUGGAAAGUUUGUUGAAGGAGAAGCAGGCGCUGCGCAGACAAAUCUCUGAGAAACAGAGACACUGCUUGGAGCUGCAGAUCAGCAUUGUGGAGCUGGAGAAAAGUCAACGCCAGCAGGAGCUGCUUCAGCUCAAAUCCUACAGCCCCCGCGAGGGCUCCCCAUACAGAAAGAGCCUGGAAUCAUGCUCUUCCACAGACAUGGACUCCUCUAAGCAUGGCCUGUCCUCUGCCCCAGCCCUCAAUGGUGUUAACCCAGAGCUUUCUAUUAAUGGCACCAGCUCACCCUGUUUUGACCGGGCCAGCACAAAGGGAGAGCUUCUUUCUCGCUACCUGCCCAUCUCUCCUGACCACGAGAUCGUACCUGCCGCCUCUGAUGCUCGGCAGAGGCAGCAAGGCUCCUCCCACAUGCUUCCUGAUUACACGCGCUUCUCCCCUGCCAAGAUUGCCUUGCGGAGGCACCUUAACCAGGACCCCACUGCCUCGGCCUACUUGAGAGGCCCGGGACUGACCACACACAGGGAACUGGGUGGUGUUAACUCUCCGCUUGGAGCCAAACAGAACUGCCCCUCUCCAAAUGCAACUGACGUACUGAAAAGUUUAGAGAGGGGUGGUAAGGAGAGGAGUCCGUCUGUUCAGGGUGAUAACAGCAUUACGAGCCUUCCAAUCAGCAUCCCCCUGAGCACUGUCCACCCAAGUAAACUACCAGUCAGCAUCCCACUGGCCAGCGUGGUGCUCCCUAGUCGAGCUGAGAGACUGAGAAGUACUCCGAGUCCUGUAUCUCAGUCAAGCCAGACCAAUGGAUAUUCUUCCAGCUCAGGGCUGAUGAACGGAGGUCCUCACCCUGAGGAUCAUAAUGGUGCUUUGUCAUCGCCUCUUCCACAUGGCAACACUCCUCUGACAGGACCGAUAGUUCGAGGAGGUCCCAUCCAGAGCCCUCCACUCAAUACUGGAGGUGUGCUCCAGUAUGCAGAUGGACCACCAAGGAUUCUUCCAGAAGACGGACAAGACCGCCAGGGGGUUGAAUCUGACACUGAGCCCCAGGACAGUGAACUGCGGAGGAGAAUCUUCUUCUCGUCCUCCUCCUCUUCAUCCUCGUCUUCCACUUCGUCAGGCAGUGUAGGCAGUGCGGCCGGAGGAUUACGCCUCCACCAUCACACUGGCAACUCAGCCAAGCAGGGAUACCACAGUAACCAUGGAAACCACCACCACCACCACCACCACCACCAGUCCCCCGGCACACCACACGCACACACGCCCGUGCAUACUAUGUCAUCGCAUUCCUCACACAGCCUGGGCUCCCAAGAGGGACGCAAGCGUGGGAGAAGGAAACGCAGCUCGGCAGGGGCUGUCACCGCCAGCGGAUCCCCAAAGAGGAGGUCAUUCCCCGGGCUCAGCUCCAACAACCACUCCUCGGGAUCACCACUCAACAUUAACUCUAUGGUGAACAACAUCAACCAGCCUCUGGAGAUCUCUGCCAUCUCCUCCCCAGAACAAUCAAGUCGCAGCCCCAUUGGGCCGGACCUGGACCAGCCUCCUGUCUUGAAGCGAGAGCGCCCCCUGGAGCUCAAUGGCACAGGCCGUUACUCCUCAGCCCCCAGCUCUGAUGAGGAGGACUCGGGAUACCCAGCUGACAGCUCUAGUUCACGUAUUGAAAGAAAAAUUGCUACUAUAUCCUUAGAGAGCAGGGAUGGACCCAGUAGAUUGGGCGACGGUGAAAGAGGCAGAAAGUCUGGUAGCAGCAGUGGAAACAGCACAGGCAGUGAGGCCUCGUCUUCGUCGUCCUUGUCCUCUAACAGCAAGUGGAAAUCUACUUUUUCACCUAUUUCCGACCCUAAGCAACCCAACUCCGACCUGAGACAGGGGGGCUCUCCUUUCGGCAUGGGUGGGUCCGGCCGGGGCACAGACUCAGAUUCUGACCACAAGCAACAAAAUCAACAUGUGAGAAAAGGAAGUGAAGGAGAGUCGUCCAGCUACAUGACCCCCAAUCCCUUCCUCAGUCAGGAGGCAGGGUCUCGCGGUGGAGGCAGCGGCAGUGGUGGUGGAGCUCAGGGAGGUAGCAGCUCAGACCAGCGCCAGGCCCUCCAGAAGCAGAAGACGCCUCGGGACUGGGAUUUGAAGACAAGCAGCAGCCUGGCAGCAAGCAGCAGUCAGAACCUCUUCAUCUCUGCCGCUGCCAGCAGUGGAGGGGGGAUUCUUACUGGGAAGGUGGGAGGCAGUCCUGUAGCAGUGUCCUCAACCACAGGGUCAUCUGUGGGACAGUACCUGGGUUCGCAGUUCCCACUGGGAGGGGCCUCGGUCUUACAGUCCUUGUUCGGGGCCCAGACAGGCGGAUCCUCGGUGAGUGGGAGCCCGCGGCUCGUCAACGGACACUCUGCCCUGGGAAGCUUCUCCAGUGCCGGGCUGGCAGGGGGAGCGGCUGGAGGUAUAUUUCACCACGUGGUUCCCUCAGUGUCCUCCCAUCAGUUUGGGGCUACGCUGCCCACUUCUGGAGGCCUCAGCUCUCUGCUCAGUCUCUCCUCUACUUCCUCUGCCUCCUCCCAAACCCAGCAGCGCACCUCCCCCCAGCCAGCCUCCACACGCCUGGCCUCCAUGUCCUCACCACUCCCCCUCUCCCAGGCUCAGCACAGCCGCACCCAGUCGGUCCUGCACAGCCCAUCUCCCCCCAUGCUCUCCCUGCCCCCCCCGCCACCCCUACAUAACGCCCCCUCCAUCUCAGCACCUGACCCUCAGUCAUCGUCUCGCUCAGACUCCCUCCACGCCUCCCGUCUCUCACUCUCUUCUCUCCAUCACCAGAGAGCACAGUCAUCCCUCUCUCUCUCCACCAUUGCCUCCUCUGCUUCUGUCUCAGCUGCCGCCGCCACCGCUAAUGCCUCCAUCUCCUCUUCCUCCAUGUCAGCCUCCUCGUCGUCUUGUCCAUUCGCAGUGCACUACUCCCCCCGGCUGCCCCCUCCACCACCAGCCAGCAGCUCAGGUGGUGGCGGGAGCAUGUGGAGGACUCAGGGCAUGCAUGGUAACUACAUCACCUCCCAGCUCCCCGGCUCCCGACCUAGAUAGGGUUUGGGGUGUGAGGGGGAGGGAAGGGAGGACAGGAAGGGGAAGGGAAAAGGGCAAUCAGAAGGUGGAGAGAGGAGGAGAAUGAGAGAGAGAGAGAGAGAGAGAGAGAGAGAGACUGGUAGGGAGUGAGAGAGACAGGAUAUCUGUGUUCCCUGUGCUCCCACAAGCUGUUGUUCUGAUUGAACAAGGUAAUUGAUGAAUACUACCUCAACAUUAAAUAAACUAUGCAAAUGUCCAGGUGCGGACCAAGACACUGUCCUCACUCACUGGUGCUUCAAAACGUCUGCACUACCCAACCGCCUCCAAGACCGGCUUCUGUAGUGGGAUCUCUGAGACAAACAUACACACACACACACACACACACACACACACACACACACACACACACACACACACGAACCCGCACCACCACUAUGGUUACCUUGAGCAGAAUUCAUUGGUACUGGUCAUGUUAAUGUGAGGGGUGUUGUAAGUUAAUUAUGUUGGUCUGAGGACUUUACAACAGUAUUGGCUGCUGCCCAGCUCUAAAUUAACUGAGUUUAUCAUGUCUGGUUCAACAUUAACGUGCUCGUGGUGUGAUAGUUUGUCACUUCUGUGUCUUAGUCAAGAUUAUACCAACUGGUGUUCUUCAAAAAAUAUCACAUUUCAUAGAUUUUACGUCACAUUAAUAGAUUAAAGCACACAUACUAAAGUUUCAUCACAUUUUUCUCUCUCACACACACACACACACACACACACACACACACACACACACACACAGGCCAGUUCACUGAAUUCUGCUCAGACGACAUGCAGCUUUUCCUCUCUGCAAGUGUCCUCUCAUAUCUCUGUUUUCUUUCUUCAGUGAAAUUCGGUUUCACUACUGUCGCAGUACGUUUGACUAUUGAGCAAGAUGAGGAACACGAUAUUUUGGUCUGACUUCACACUGGAUAUUAAGAUAGUUACUCAUGUAGCAAAAAAAAAAGUUCUGGCUGGAUUGUUGACACCCCACAAACUCUGGUUAUGUUGAUUAUUUGCUCUAGUGAUAUGAAAGAAAAUGGGUCAUUCACGUUAAAGACUCUUCACCCAAAAGCAAAGUGGUACAAAACUCUGACUCACCUAAAAACUAAUGUCUCCUUUCUUUGCUACUAACAAAACCAUUAAAAUUCACAUUCAGUAAUGGGAACUUUUCUUGAGGUGUGGUUCAGUGUUUAUCUUCUAAUAUCUUAUAUUUAUCAUAUGAGUGAAAGUUUCUUUGUUUACUCAGAAAGGAGCCUUUUUGUAUUUUGUGACAAUAACCAGGUUUAUUUCACAUCCUUUUAAAACAGUGUGGAAGAAAACCAGUUUAUAUUUUGACAGAAAAUGAUCUGAUAACGGAUUCAUUUUGAAAACAUUGUGAAUUGGCAACAUCUCCAGGGGUGCCAAUAACGUUGAGCCGAGCACAACAAUAACAGUACCUUUUAAAUGUUUUUUUGUUUGUUUGUUUUUUUAAAAUAAGACCCAAUGAAAUUUGCUUAAUGAGAUGGUGCUUUGUGUUCUCGUGUCUUGUCAGCCACUCUCUCCUAGAAACCCACAGUCAGUGUCAGGGGGUUGUGGCUGCACUGUUGUUAAGUGAAACUGAAUCCAGGUGUAAAAAAAUAAAUAAUAGAAGAUUUAACUAAUUUCUGUAUUUAUGAAGAGUGUCUCCUUCAAUCAGUUUGAUAAAUCACACUACUCUGUGGGGCCACAGCAGGAAUUUUUAACUUUUCUUAAACUUACUCAUAUUUAUCUCUGCUGUUGGUAAAGGCAGGUUCAAGCAAAAAUGUGUUAGACUCAAAUGUGGACACGAGUGUGUGGAAUUGUACUGCAUUUAGUUAAUACAACACGCACACACACACACUCACGCACGCAUGCAAACACCUCACACACUGGGAAAACACAAUUAACCAUAACCACAACAAACUACUGGACUCUUCUCACACCUUUUUGUUUGCUUUUUGUAUUGUGUAAUUUGUUUUUUUUGGGGCUAAACAAUGUUUGUACUGUGAAUGUGAUUCAUUCUCCAACUGUAUAGUUGUGUAUAAUUUAGAUUAUUAUAUUUAUGCCGUCAGUCUCUCUCCAUUUGCCUUGGUAUUUGUUUUUUCUCUUUGUUUUUUUAAUCCUGAAUUGUGUUGACAUUGUAGAAUGCAAUAGUGUGUGUACUUGACUCACAGUCUGAAAACAAUGGUGCUAAAUUUGGACUGUGCCUGAUCUUAUUUAUUCUAUGGUGAAAACAUCAGAAACAAAUCAGAUACUUGGUGCUGUACACAGGGACAAUUGUAAAGCCGUUUUGAAUUUUGUAUUUUCCUUUCUCAUAUUUAAUAUGCUAUUGUAUGGUUCUUUGAAUGCCUAGUGUACAACUGUAGACGCCACCUUUUGAUGAACUACUCUGCAGCAGCUGGUUCAGAGUAAACAGGUAUGAGGGGUCCACGUUUCUCACGCAGCAUGCAUCAGCCCGCUUUCUCAACAGUGAGUCGCUUAUCUGUAAGUGAACAAGACACACUGUUUUUGUACAUAGGUUUUUGUUUUUCCUUGUAUGUCUCCAUCAUAAACAGAAGGGUAUAUAAGAUAUGUUUCUAUACACAGUUUAUACAUAUAUAAAUAUAUAUAUGAGUAUAUAUAAGUCAAUAGGGGUGUUUUGGUGCGGGCAUUGCGACCCUUAAAUUCAACCUGUUAAACAGGAGGCUUGAAGCCGGGGAGAGUGAAGCGUUGCCACCGCAGGACCUUAAUAGAUGGUGUCUAACAACAUGGCGACACCGCAGCAUAUGUACCCUAGUGAUGAUGUGACUUGAACACAACUAGGUUUCCAGCUCCAGAAUUGUUAUCAUUUUUAUCGUUGUUGUUUUGUUACUUUUGUACCAACCCACAUUCUGCAGGAAAAAUGGUGCUUCUUUUUUAAGACAAACAGUAAUUCUGAUUUUUACCAACUCGAUCUUUACUGGUGCACACAGAGCUGAGAGUCGGCCUCUUCACAACCGCACUGUCCGUCUGUAGAUGUCUUACCAACGAGGCCCUCCCAUGUAAUGUACGCCUACUGUGAGACAUGCUGAUGUAGAACACUUGUGUUUCGUGUGCGAGCGUGCGCGUGCAUCACUUCGUUUGAAAGUGAGAGCAGCCAAACCUCUUUUGUUUCUCUGAUAGUGGGAAUACACUUAAGCUCAGUUUUUUGUGUGUGUGGUUUUAUUUUCCCACUUGUCAGUGCAUAUGUAAGGGAAGUAUAGACUAAUAAUGAAAGCUUUAUAGUAAACUCCUGUCCUGUGCACUCACUUUGUAAACACGUGUUGCCCUUCUGCGAGUGUUCAAGUGAAAAGAAGAAAGUCGUUUUUAGAUCAAGCUUAGAGACGAUUAGAGUCCAUUUGUUACCAGCACUGAGAGGUUCUUUGUAAUUAUCGUUGAUGCUGUUAUGAUUUUCAUAUUCUUGAUGUUUGAUACAAUUGCAAUUACAUGUUAUGCUUUUAACUGUGUCUUCAGAUUCCUGUCAGUUUGUAAUACUACUAGUCGGACAGACAGCACGGUGCUCUCCUUCACUUAAAACAAGGAAAUUGCAGCUAUUGAUACUAAAAUAUUGCUCUUCUCCAGUUGUGGUGCAGGGAUUUAUGGUUAACAAUCGUCAACACGAGCUUUGCCUGGCGGCUUUCUGGGAGGUCCAGUCUAACCUACUGAAGUUUCUCUGGCCUGGGAGGGCGGUGUGGUGUAUAUGCCGGUGAGAAUAGUUCAGGGAAACACUUAUUUUACAUGUAUUUCAGAUCUCAACCAGUCUUGUAGCUACUUGUAUAAUCAGUCAAAAGGGAUGAGGUGCUGUUAUCAAAGUCCUUUGGUGUUGAAGCAUGAUUUGAACUUAAAGCCUCUAUGCAGUUCUCCAGCACACUCCAUCCUGCUACAUUGUUGACAGAUAAACCUGUGAGAGCGUUGCAGUCGAGGCUGUUUACUCCAAAUCCUGCCAAAGGUCUUAACUCAGGAACUUUUCCAGUUGCUUGAAAUGAUGCAAAUGAUUCUCUUUAAACUACUGCACGCCACAAGCCAAUUUCACCAUCUUGUGGUGUGACAAAGUCCCUCAGUAUCGCAACUCAGGACCAGGACCCAGCUCCUCAAAGAGUAUUUCAAGGAUACAAUUAGUCAUCUCUCCUCAGAUUCGUUCUCACCGUCACAUACAUCCAAGCCCCUCCAGUGAAAUCCAGCUUUGUAAAGCUUUAUGAGUUAGCUUGACCUCGAGAAGCUGCGAAACGGCUACGACUUUCAGCAUCUUCCUCGUCUAACAAAUGCCUCUGUCUAGAUUUUCUGUCUCUAAGUAGGAGGCUCACGGUCCUUUGUUGGGUAAAUGAUUUCAACGGACGUGGCGUGAACUCCAGUACGUGUCUCGUGAUCUCUGAUUGGUGAAGCCAGGGCAGGUUUGAGGUGCAAUAACAGCAAACCUAUUUUCCCCAAAGGCCCCAGGUUUCUAUGGAAAAAAUUGUUAUUGUUCGGUGUUGGUGCUUCUAUCCUAAGAUGUUUUAAUGAAACAAAUGGAAUUAAUGUUUUUUUCCCCCUGCGUUUUAUAAUUAUAAUAAAAAUGUUUCAUAUAAUAAUUGAAUUUA